AUGCUACCUCUGCAUUCUAUUAUGAAUCCUGCUUUGUCUGGGCAGCCUGAGCCUGGUUUCCGACAGUCUGAUCCAGUGUUGGCAAAACCAUCGACACCAUUGCUGUCAGGAGCAUUACGAGUGACGACAGAUGGGUCAAUGCCUAUCCAAAAGGCGAAAGCACAGGGAAACGCCGACCCUAUGCCCAAGCCGAAGUUACAGGGGCCAAUCAAUUUCCCCCCCUUCGAAGAUGUCGACCAAGCAUCGUAUCGAGAGGUUCAAAGGUUUCAAGUCAGUCCGUUUGGACAGAUACGACAGAGUUGCGACCAUAUUCCUUACAGUAGCUCAAAGAAAGACUUUUUCGAGAAGACGGGAAGAGAGAGCAUUGAAGUUUUCAAGUAUGAGUUCUCCUACAACGAGACAACCUACACCGUCAUGUGGGAUUAUAAUGUUGGCCUUGUUCGCAUGACUCCAUUCUUCAAAUGUUUGGGGUAUGCAAAGACCAAACCCUCCCAGAUGCUGGAUAGAAACCCGGGAUUAAGAGACAUAUCGCCUAGUAUCACCGGAGGCGCCGUGUCAGCUCAAGGAUAUUGGAUGCCAUAUCCAUGUGCAAGAGCGUGUACUCCUUCCGACUCUCCUUAUUACAAUGAUAUGGUGAUCAGUCGACUGGUCAUCAUGCAAGCCACUGAAGACGUCGCACGGUUUCGGUAUGGACAGGGACAAGGAAAUCGAAUUGUAAAGGCUGUCGGUGGAAUACGUGGCCCUCUGGUGCUUGGAGACUAUCCCCUGCGUGGCAAACGGGAAAGCCAGCCAACGCCCUCUUUCAGACUACCGUCACGCCCUCAAAUUCCGCGUUCUCAGCGUUUGAUCACCUCGAUUCCUGAGGCUACCGUCGGUUACCAUCCCAUGGCAACUUCGGCUCCGAGUACAGCAUGCGAAGCCCGCGAAGUCAAUCACUUUUCUAGAAUGAGCAUGAACAUGACUGGUCGAUCUGUUCUUGAUCCUAAGCUUUUCCAGCCACCGGGCUCUUUCUUCGAUGUGUCCACACGAACCGAGACGAGUGAAUCUGAGAGAAAUCAUGUUGAGAAAUGGAGACCGAAGCGGCGUAGACGAGCUCAUAACGAGGCUGGAACAGCGUAUUCGCCUGCUCCGCUUAUGGAAGCAAACCAGGAGAGACGGCCACAACUAGAACUGGAGCAUUUUAGAGCAGCAGCAGCACUGCUAAGUCUGCAUAGAGAACCUCGAGCGGCAGAAUAUUCCUCCACGAUAGCGGUGGAAACAUCGGACGACGACUUUUCUGAACGACGUCACCAGAAGAAACGACCAAAGGCCCAUUCCUUUUAA